ACUUCCGUCGAGAAUAAUGAGACUCAGUAUCUAGGCUAGACAUUAAAGUGACAAUUAAUCUAGAUCUGUCUCUUGAAAUUGAUUUAGAUCUAUUAUUUAUUUCUGUAAAUGACCUGACAUAGUACAAUUCUUCAAUGGGGGAGUUUCAAAGAAUACGGCCAUUUAAGAUUCUCUCUGUGGUCAUGGUUACUAUUGCAGUAGUUCUGACCGUUGUGUCACUGGCUGGGCCAGAUUGGGUAACUGCAUCCUUUUAUGAAGGAGAUGUCAAGUCUUGGGGCCUCUGGUGGGACUGCUUAAAAGUACAUACAUCCUUUGAGAUGUGUCUCAGUGCAGAUUGGCUAGCUGGAUGUGCUGCUCUGGUGUUUCUGUCUCUUAUAGCUGAUGUUAUCGGAGCAGCACUUGGCAUUUGGGGACUGAUAUCAAAGAGGCGCAUGCCUUACAUUUUCGCUGGGACAGUUUGUAUUAUUUCUUGUGUCUGCAUGAUCGUUAGUCUUAUCAUCUACCCAGUUAUGUUCACCAAUGAGGUAACAAGCAAUGCGGAUUACAAUGCAGAGACUUCUGACUUUGAGUUCUCCUGGACAUUCGGAGUUGCCUGUGGCACAGUCUUUUUUCUUAUGGGAGCAGCCAUAUUCUUUUUCAUCAGAGUCACUGAAGAGGAAGAUGCCCAGCCUAUGAAAUCUGUUCAAGAUAAGUCUUAUUACAGUGUCAACUAAAUCCUAUAUGUGCAAAAGGAACCUGAUAUUAUUAAGUUAAUAACUUAAUCUGUGGAAUACAGAUUAGAAAUAGUCUACAAAUAGAGUAUUACUUGUUGUUUACAAUCAUGUCUUGUUAUUGUUAUUAUAUGUUUUAUUAAUAUUCUUGCUAUGAUAAGUUUUUAUUUAAAAGAUGUAAACAAAUCAUACCAAGCACAGUCUCAACAAGUUUUUGUUUUUCUAAUGAAAAGAUGUAAAAAAAUAAAAUUGAUGUUCAAUUUUCUUUGACCUUUAGAUAUUGUAAACUUUUAUAAGAAACUAGAUGUUUUCAUUGGAAGUUGAUAUUCAUUGAAGAAAUGUUUGUUUAAACAGCCUGACACCAAAAUUGUUUUAUCUAUAUAAUAAAUGUUAUUUAUUGGACACUAUAGCUGCUAAGAUCACUUUUGCACCAGUCUAUUACAGGAAAAGCAUCAUUGGUUUUAUUUAUCUUUGGUAAUUUUUUUUAUCAUAUUGUCCAUUAUUUAUGCUGAGUCUCAUUUACUUUUGUUGUAUUUUUUUUUAGUAUCAGUAUGUAGAUAUCCCUUUAGUUACGUCUUACGUGCCAACUUAAGCUUAUAAAAACAAAUCUGCUCAGAAUUAUAAGCACUAAUUUGAACAUAUAUAUGGGAUGUGCCCAGGUGAGUCACUGGCUUUGGUUUCAUCUUGAGAUGGGGCAUAAUCUGCAGUGACUGAUCAAGCCAGUUCUGGAGCGGCAGAGUUUGCCAUGGUUCGUGCAUCUGCCCUAGGGCUAGCUGAACGUAUAUAAAAACAUAUUUAAGCCAGGCAGUCCCAUGUUCUGUUACAACUUACACUGAUAAUUGAUAUCACUCCUAUAUUCUGAUAACUAUUUCUUUAAGAAGAGCAGUGUUUAUAACUAUGAUAGAAACAUUGAGGAUAUAUAGCAAGUUGUAGCACACAUGCAAACAUAAAGAGUUCGUCUUCUUCAAAGCAGCUUUUUACUUCUGAGCUCAUUUGUGGUUUAGGCCUUGGAAAAGUAGCAUGAUGUUCUGCCAUACAGAUUGUUGGUUAUGCUGGGCUAAUAAGGCAAUAGAUUCUGUCUUAGUUGAAGUAAUUAAGUUGAGACACUCUAAUAGCAUUCAGAAUUUUUCAUCUUUAUUUCUUUAAAGUUGAUUAAGAUCUGCUACUAAAUUGUCAUGUCAUUGGUAUUGACAAAGGGUUGUUUUAGAUCUGUCAUUAUCACUCUGGUGCCAACAUGGUUUAUAUUCUCUAAAACCUAUUUUGUUUCAAGACUGGAAUUAGAUAGAAAAGACAAUGCAGAAGGAAUUAAAAAAUAAGACAUGUAGUAAUGGCAUUUAAACCUUUAAUGUCACACUGGAGGUGCAUAUCUUCCAAACUGAUUUAAUGGAAGUGU